CUAGAAAGAUCAUGCUGUCUAAAGUUGAUGGUCCACAGGAUUUCUAAGCUUGAAAUUAUGGCCACUGUGCACUAAUAGCACGUUCUAGGCAGCACAAGGAUUUGAAGAUUCAGAAAGCCACCUUGCAAAAGUCUAUUGAUCAAGUUCAUCCUCUCAGUUCCAUCUGAAUGUGGCAUAAAGACAACAGCCAACAGAAAUUCCUGAUGAGUUAAAGAAAUGGGAAACAGGUAUUUUAACACAGAUUCAAGACUGGCUAGGUUGAGCAGAAAAAUGUGAAUGAGGAAGAUGGACAUUUUCUCCAGAGCUGUUAUUCUACUUCUGUGAUUUUGCUUAAUAUCGGAGAAUGAAAAUAUCUGGGUGGUUGUUAUAAUACCCUUGGCAUACAACUCCUCAGCAUCAAGAAACUCCUGAUUCUCCACUUUAGUAUCUCAGUAUUGUUUGAGUGCUGAGUGCAUGUGUAGAAUUGCUGCUGUCUGUACUAGAGAGAUUAGAACUGGUACAGCACCCCAGGUGUGGCCUCCCCAUCUCUGAAUGUAGAUGAAGGAUAACUUGCCUCGACCUCUUGGAAAUAUUCAUCUUAACACAGCCCAGGAUGCUGUUAGCCCUAUUUGAUGUAGGGCCACACUGCAGGCUAAUACAGGUAUAAUUUUCUAUUCUGUGAAGCUUACUGGAGACAUCCAGAAACUACUUUAUGAAGAAAAAUGGCAGGAAGGGCUAAAUCACAGUGACUCUUGCAUAUGAGUUUAAUUUUUUGAGAGAAACCUUUGUAAAGGGCUAAAUAAACAAGAUCUGUGCAUACAGAAAACUUUUACUUCCUCUUCACUCCUCUGCACUUGAGACGCAACUAAACUUGUCUGUCUGUUCUUGUGUAUUCCAGUAGGAGCCUAUCAGAGGACUGCAUUGAUUUGAAGCAAAUUCUUCAUUAACAAGGAAAUCUGAAGACUUUUAUAGCAAAUCCGUCAGUGUCAGAAUGAACACAGAUAGCGGUGGUUGUGCUCGCAAACGUGCUGCAAUGUCUGUCACAUUAACAUCUGUGAAGAGGGUUCAGAGCUCUCCAAACCUACUGGCUUCAGGAUCUGAUUCUCAGUCUCCAGAUUCAGCUUGGAGAGCUUACAAUGAUGGAAGCAGAGAGACACUGAAUGGAGACAUUAGCAGUUCAUCUCUUACAGCAAAAGGUUUUAGAAGUGUGCGGCCAAACCUACAGGACAAAAAAUCACCAACUCAGGCUCAGAUCACAGUGAAUGGGAACUCUGGCACUGCUGCCAGCCCAGUGAGUCACUUUCAAAGGCCUUUUUCCCCUUCUUCCGCUUACUCUCCACCAGCUUCUCUCAAUUCCAACCUUGUUAUCAUGCAGCAUGGCAGGAUGAUGGAGUCCACAGAGACAUACUCGCAACAUGUUGGCAGCAGCACCACCACCAGUACAAUACCAAUCUGUAAAUCCUUAGAGGAAGAAAAAAAAAUUACAGUCAUUAAAGCUCCACAUUAUGCAGGGAUUGGCCCAGUGGAUGAAUCUGGAAUCCCUACAGCAAUUAGAACGACAGUUGACAGGCCAAAGGAUUGGUACAAGACAAUGUUCAAGCAAAUCCAUAUGGUACAUAAGCCUGAUGACGACACAGACAUGUAUAAUACUGCAUAUUCAUACAGUACUGGUGGCUACAGUCCAUCCUUCUCUGCUCAGGCACACCCAGCUGCAAAGACACAGACAUACAGACCAUUGUCUAAAAGUGCUUCUGACAGCAGCUCCGAUGCCUUUAAGGUCUCAUCUCCUUUACCACCCCCACAUGUGCCACCCCCAGUCCCUCCACAUCGUCUGCGGGAAAGGUCUAUACCAGAAAAAAAUGACUGGGAUCCUCCUGACAGAAAAGUAGAUACUCGCAAGUUCCGCUCAGAACCAAGAAGCAUUUUUGAGUAUGAGCCGGGAAAGUCAUCAAUCCUUGAACACGAAAGGCCGACAUCCUUAUAUCAUCACUCUUCAACAGACAGAGGCCUGGACAGGCCUUCCAGUUCUGCAAGUACUGCGAGUGACUAUAGGAAAAGGAGGAAGUCAGAACCUGCUGUAAGUCAUCAGAGAGCACACAGUGAUCAGAAUGCAAACAGGCCCAGCCUGGGCCGUACAGAUAUGCAAGGCCCAUACACCACCCUUAGAAAGCCUUUAACUAGCUCGUCUCCUUCUUCUCCAUCACGAGCAAAAGGUGGGGAUAUUAGCAAAGUAUAUCCAUCCCUCCUCAGUUAUUCAGUGCACAACCACAACACCUCAAAUGAAUUAGAUUACUGUAGCACUUACAGACAACAUUUAGCUGUUCCUAAUGAUUCAAGGAGGGCAAUCAGCUACAAGAAUGGCUGGCAAAUGACUCGACAAAAUGCAGAAGUAUGGAGCAGCACAGAAGAAACCACUUCUCCAAAGAGAAAAUCUCGUAGCUGUGAUGAUCUUUUAACAGAUGAUCGGGAUGGCUUUCCCGAUGCACAGGCCAAGUCUGAAAGCAUGGUCUCUCUUCUAUGUGAGGAGGAUGCUAAAGAGGUUUGCUCAAUGAACUGGGCAUCCCCAUAUGCACCUGAGGGCCGUGGUGGUGGUAGGGCAAGAGUUCGUCACAGAUCUGCGCACGAUGCCCCAGGUUUCCUUAAAAUGUACAAAAAGAUGCAUCGUAUCAAUCGCAAGGACUUGAUGAACUCGGAGGUGAUCUGUUCUGUGAAGUCCAGAAUACUGCAGUAUGAAAAAGAACAGCAUAAAGGUAUCCUUCAGGGCUGGAGAGAAUCUUCUACGGAAGAGGUGCCCAGAGAUAUGGUGCCAACCAGAAUAUCGGAAUUUGAAAAACUAAUUCAGAAGUCAAAAUCAAUGCCAAAUCUAGGUGAUGAAAUGUUGUCAAACAUUACACUAGAGCCUCCUAAAAAUGGCUUAUGUUCACAGCGGCGAUUUUCUAUCGAGUCUCUGCUGGAAGAAGAAAAUGAAGUCAGACAUCCCUCUCAGGUACAACGGAGCUACAAGUCUAAAACCCUGGUGCCAAUUCAUAUUGAAGUGACCAGUGAUGAGCCACAGCGGUCACAUAUGGAUUUCUCAGACAGUGAUCAAGAUGGAGUGGUUUCUGACCUCAGUGACUUUAUCCAGAUAGAGGGGUCAUCCUUUUGUAGUGAAAGUGACUUCGAUCACUAUUCCUUCACAUCAUCUGAAAGCUUUUAUGGAUCGGGCCAUCACCACCACCACCACCACCACCAUCACAGGCAUCUCAUCAGCUCCUGCAAAGGGAGAUGCCCAGCGUCCUACACCCGCUUCACCACCAUGUUGAAACAUGAAAGGGCUAAACAAGAACCUGCUGAAGAUCCAAGGAGACAGGAGGCAGAAUCUGGCCUCUCCAAGAUAGCAUUCCUAGUCAGCCCAGUGCCUUUCCGAAGGAAAAAAAGUGCAGCCCCUAAAAAACAAACUGAAAAGACAAAACGCAAGUCAUCCGUAUUUGAAGCACUAGAUUCUGCACUUAAAGACAUCUGUGACCAAAUAAAAGCUGAAAAAAGAAGGGGAAGCUUGCCUGACAAUAGUAUAUUACACAGACUGAUUACUGAGCUGCUUCCAGACAUUCCAGAAAGGAAUUCAUCUCUUACAGCUCUGAAAAAGAGUCCCAUGCACCAGCCUUUUCAUCCACUGCCUCAAGAUGGUGCUACUCAUUGCCCACUUUACCAGAAUGAUUGUGGAAGAUUACCUCUUAGUGCCUCUCUCCAAGACAUGGACACAACUAACAACAAUAACCAAGAAAAUGAUAGUGCACUGUGUUUCCAAGACCAGGAAACUCCUGGAAACUAUUCUGCUUUCACCGAUGUGGGACAAUGUACUCCAAGGGACAGAAGAGGAGCUACAGAUAAAGAGAAACUGCCAGCUAGAGCUGUAUAUGACUUUAAAGCUCAAACUUCUAAAGAGCUGUCCUUUAAGAAAGGAGAUACUGUCUAUAUCCUCAGGAAAAUUGAUCAAAACUGGUAUGAAGGUGAGCACCAUGGAAGAGUUGGAAUAUUCCCAAUUUCUUAUGUUGAGAAGCUUUCUCCUCCAGAAAAAGCACAGCCUGCCAGGCCGCCUCCUCCUGCACAGAUUGGAGAGAUUGGAGAAGCUAUUGCCAAAUAUAAUUUCAGUGCAGACACAAAUGUGGAGUUAUCACUUAGAAAGGGAGACAGAGUCAUACUUCUUAAGCGGGUUGAUCAAAACUGGUAUGAAGGUAAAAUACCAGGAACCAACAGACAAGGCAUCUUCCCUGUUUCCUACGUAGAAGUUAUCAAAAAGAAUGCAUCAAAAAGUGCUGAUGACUACCCUGAUCCUCCUAUACCCCAAAGUUAUUCUAGUGACAGAAUACACAAUUUAAGUUCAACUAAGCCACAGCGCCCUGUGCUUGCUCAUGAAAACAUACACAGUGGGGGGGAACCGUUUCAGGCUCUAUAUAACUAUACUCCUAGGAAUGAAGAUGAAUUGGAGCUCAGAGAGGGUGAUGUCAUUGAUGUGAUGGAAAAAUGUGAUGAUGGAUGGUUUGUGGGAACUUCAAGAAGAACCAAAUUCUUUGGUACUUUCCCUGGAAACUAUGUCAAGAGGCUGUGAAUUUUUUUCAUUCUUAUUUAUGCUGCAUCUCUGCAACAUAUCUGCAUAAAGCUGCUAGAAAACAUGCUACGCUGGCCUUCUGUUUUCUCGCUUGCAGUCUCAAAUAGAGGCCAUCCAGUUCAUCCUCAUCCCAUCCCAUCUGCCAAACCGUUCCAGCAGUAUUACAGCAACGACUACCGUGUGAAUAACUAAGCUUUUCUGAAACAAGAGGAAUCCUCCCUACCUAUAAGUACUCCCUGCUUUUAACUCUUUUUAUUUGAAACACGAUAGGAAAAGCCUGAUGAGAGGUACCCAGAAGAAUUGCUACGGUGGUGGGGGGUGUAAGGAGAGGGAGAAAGCCUUCCUGUUUGGGACAUUUGUGGUACUGUCAUGAAGUGCGAUGGGAAAACAAAAUUUUUCAGCAUGCAUGUAUAACAGAGGGAAAGUUGCUGCUUACUAUUUAAGAAGAAAAAAAAAAAAAAACAAACAAAAAAGGUGUUUUGAGUUUUCAUAUUCUUAUUAGCUUGGCAGCAUUUGUUGCUUUCACUUUGCUGUAUCACAGGUUUGCCUAUUGUACUGGUUUACAAUGACAAAUUAUAAUAUAGGUUUUUUGCCUGCACUUGUAUGUUGUAACUUAUGCACAGUGACUGUAAAAUCUCAAGCAAGUGUAGUGAAAAAUGGAAGAACUGCAAGUGUUCUGAUGAUGCAAUGGUAUUUGCUAAACCCUUUUUUCCCUAUUAAAGCUACAGCAUUUUCUCUUCAAAGGUAAGAAGUGCAAGAGGUGUAAAACCUCAGGAAACAGGAUUUAAAGAAGAGACAGACAGUGAUAUAAGCACAGACAAUAACAACCUGCUGGUCAUAUGACAUUAAAUGGUUGUAAUCAAAAUGUUGUAAUAGUCAGCAGCAUGAAAUCUGAGAGGUUAGUGUUUUUAUGUACCACAGGCAUUUUAAGAAGCAGCAAGUAAACAGUGUUAGUGCGAAGGAUUGUUUUUCCUCUAACAUAGCCACCUGAAAAACAUUCACAAGUAUCAUGUACUGAUUUAUUUCACUAUACACACACACGUAUAUAUACACACAUGUAUGUUAACAAAAUCUGAGUUACACUUUUUUUUUUUUUAGGAAUUUAGUACAUUAAAAAAAAAUCACAAGUAUUAAAAUCAAUACGUUUGAGAGGGUUUGGGUUGUUGUUGGUCUUUUUUUUUUUCCUGAAUGAAUCAAGUAUUUGAAAACAGAUAUUCUCCAUAUGCAACCGUAAGCAUAAAUAGCAUACUAAAUUAAGGCACAGGAUGAUAAUGACUACGACUUCAUGAAAAAAAAAAAAAAUUGAUUUUUUUUUUUUCUCCAAGUCAGAUUUGUUUUCUUUGGCACCUUAUAGAUGGCAAAAGCUUCUACUGCAUUUCUCAUGGGUAAAGGACUGAAAUUAUCAACAUGUAUUUAGCCUCUGUAGCAUUUUGUACAUAUGUUUGCUUUUUUGUACAGAGCCAUUUGGUUGUCGAUUUAAAAAAAAAAAAAAAAAAAAAAUCAAGUUUCUUAUUUGAUCUUCACCCUCUUUACAUACAGAACAUUUCAAUGCAUUUUGCUUUACUUUCUCUAUUUACCAUAAGCACAUCUGAAUAGUGCAAUUCUGUAAGAUAGCAUUUUAUGCAAAAUUUUAUUAAUUAAAAUAUGGUUUACCAGCCAAAUCUAAAUGUACAUAUGUCUUUAUUACUGAGAAAUGUCAUUAAGACGAAGGUAAAGAAACAUCUUUGUGCAGCAUACCUUUAUUAUUGCAGAUUUAAUGGCAAAAGCUUUAUAUUUCAAAGGCUUUCAAUUUUAAACUAGAUCUGCAUGCAGCUUUGCUGUGAGAUUAAUUCCUAUCUUUGAUGCCAUUUAUGAUUGAAGACUUAAAUAUCUGUUGCCUGUGAUAUUUAAAAAGUACUGUUUCUACUCUGUAUCUGAUUUUAGAAAAAUACAGGUUUUUCAUACCUGGCUUUCAGGUAAUUGACUUUGAAUUCCUACAAGCAAAAGGUCUCUGUGUUUUUUUCUUGAAUAGACUUCUAAUAAAUUUUGCUUGGAGUACA